AUGGCUCCAAUCCUUCCCUUCCGCGACAUCAACGUUCACGCUUCGCCCUCCCACUAUGCCUUCUCCUCCCCUUCCUCCCCAUCCUCACCGACGCUGGUGGUUGACCGGCCGUCCGGAGACCUGCGGCUGCAUGAUGGGAAGCUGCUGGGCACGCAGCGGGUCUCGAGUAUAGCAGGUAUUCUGGGGAUUAUCAAGCUGCGCCUGGACAAGUACAUCGUCGCAAUCACGAAGGCGCAGCCCAUGGGCCGACUAAAAGGCCACAUGAUCUACAAAGUAAUCACGACCGAAUUCCUCCCUCUACGCGAACGCCCUCUCCACGACCCCGACGAAGACACCUACCUCUCGCUGAUCAAGACCCUCCUCAAGACCGGGCCCAUGUACUUCUCCUACUCCUUCGACCUCACCAACAGCUUCCAGCGCCAGGCCAAGUCCGACACCUCCGCGCCGCUCUGGAAACGGACCGACGACCGCUUCUUCUGGAACCGCUUCGUGCAGACCGAUCUCAUAGACUUCAGAACUGGCGGCGGGAAUGCGCACGGCUUUCGGCAAUCUCUGGGCCAGCAGCCUGGCAUGGACCCGUAUAUACUGCCGGUGAUGUUCGGCAUGCUGGAGAUCAAGAAUACGUCGAUCAAGGGGAAGCCGUUGACGUUCGUGCUGAUCACGCGGCGGUCAAGACAUCGUGCGGGUACCCGAUACUUCUCGCGCGGCAUCGACGAGUACGGCCACGUCUCCAACUUCAAUGAAACCGAGCAAGCCAUCAUCCUCAACGACGACUCGUCCAGUGGCCUCGGCGGCUUCGCAGGCGAUCUGGGCUACCAGAACAGCAAGCUCGGCGGCGCCGCAGCACAGGAGCGCCAAGUGCUCUCCUACGUUCAAACUCGCGGCAGCGUCCCUGUCUACUGGGCCGAAGUCAACACCCUAAAAUACACGCCCACGCUCCAAAUCCGCGGCGUGGAAAGCGCGACCCAAGCCGCAAAGCUGCACUUCGACGAGCAGAUCCGACUCUACGGCGACAACUGGCUCGUGAACCUCGUGAACCAGAAAGGGCGGGAGCGGCGCGUCAAAGAAGCCUACGAGCAGCUGGUCAAGAGCCUCGUCUCCUCCCCAACCGAAGACACAGAAGCGGAUCGCGUCACGCGCGAGAAAUUCCACAUCCUCGAGCCCGAACGGCAGAAGCACGAGCUGGACCGCUUGCACUACAUCUAUUUCGAUUUCCACAACGAAACAAAGGGGCUGCGCUGGCAUCGCGCGCUGCUGCUGAUGGAGCAGCUCCGCGAGCCCGUCAUCCAGCACGGCUACUUCCGCGCUGUCGACCUUCCCGGCAGUGGCGACGGAGUCGAAGUAAGGAACAGACAAACGGCUGUGGUCCGCACGAACUGCAUGGACUGCCUCGACCGCACGAACGUUGUACAGAGCAUGCUCGGUCGCUUUAUCCUUAGCAGGAUGCUGAUCGAUCUCGGGAUCCUGCGGGAGGGCGAAAACGCCUCCGACGACGCCGCUUUCGAGUUUCUGUUCCGGAACGUGUGGGCCGACAACGCGGAUGUGGUCUCGAAAGCUUACUCCGGCACCGGUGCGCUGAAGACGGAUUUCACGCGCACGGGGAACAGGACCAGAAUAGGGAUGAUCAACGACCUCAAUAACUCGUGUACGAGAUAUGUGCGGAAUAACUUCACGGACGGCCCAAGACAGGACGCGUUUGAUUUGUUCUUGGGCAACUAUCUACCAGAUACGUCGAAUAUCGGGAGUAACCUCCUCUUCGUCGACCGUAGACCUGUGCUUAUACAAUCAAUACCCUACGUCCUCGCCGCGAGCAUCUUCCUCGUGCUCAUCGGCUCCUUCACGCGGCGGUCCGCAGACGCGACGGUCUGGCCGCUGCGCCUACUCAUGCUCACCUGCUUCGGUAUCGCUGCUGCUUGCGCGCAGUUCAUUUGGUCGCAUGGGACGCUAUACGUCAACUGGCCCAAACUCAACACCCCGCCGCACGCAAUCGAGAGCUACCAAGACGCGCUUAGUAGGGUAAGGACGGCGCCGGUUAUUGGGCCGUUGGUUGGGAGGCAUGAGCGGGGGAAGAGCGAGGCGAGGUUGGGGUAUUUGGAGGAGGGGAAGAAGAGGAUUGAAUGA